AAGUAGUAGGUUUAUCGCAAAAAAGAUAUUUCAUUACUUUUAAUAUUAAUCCCUUUAUGGAAUCAGAAAAUUGUGAAGGUGCAAGGGAGUGGAACAGGUUUUCGCUGUUUCAAACCGAGACUCUGUUACACGUCACUGCUCCACCAGUACCAUCGCAUCCCUACUGCUUAAUCCCGCCAAUUUCAGAUGAGAAGGUAGCAAUUUUGGUAACAUAAUUUGUUAGUGUCUGAAGGUAAAUAAGUACUAUGAAUAACAAACGAAGAGGCAAUCCCAGUUAUGGUGUUAAAGGGAAAAUAGCUAGAAAUGAUGAAGAAGCAGCUUCUACAUUUGAAAGUACAUUAGCUUCUUUACCUGAUAAUGAUGAGGACUAUCCUGACCGUGAUGUGUUAGAAUGUUUAGGAGAGGGUCCAGAUAUUCAAACUACAAGUAUUAAAUGGAGUCGACCUCCUCCUCCUGUUUUGGAUUCAAGCAGGGAUGGUCUAAUCUUUCAGCAAUUAGAAAUAGAUCAUUAUGCUGGUACAGCAAUAAAAGGUAUGCCUGGAAGUCAAGUUUCUCCUGUUCCCAUCAUAAGGAUGUAUGGUGUGACUAUGGAUGGGAAUUCUGUCUGUUGCCAUGUUCAUGGUUUUACUCCUUAUUUCUAUAUACUUGCUCCAGAAGGAUUCUCUGAAAGAAGUUUAUCAGAAUUCAAAGAAAAACUAAAUAAAGUUAUGUUAGAAGAUUUGAAGUCAAAUCCAGAAAAAGUGGAAGAAGCAGUAGUUAUGGUAGAAAUGGUUAAGAAGCAGAGUAUAUUUGGUUACUUUGGUGAUAAUCUGCUCAAUUUUAUUAAGAUAUAUGUGGCUAUACCUAAACUAAUUGCAACUGCAAAAAGACUCAUCGAAAAAAAUGUUUUACCUUAUUUUUCUGGAGAUGCUACCCAAGCAUUUGAAGCCAAUAUUGAUUUUGACAUUAGGUUUAUGGCUGAUUGCAAAAUUACAGGCUGUAAUUGGAUUGAAUUACUUCCAGGAUCCUAUACUUUGAGGACUGCUUCAGGUUUUUGUUCAACCCGUUGCCAAAUUGAAGUUGAUGUUCCUUAUAAUAAACUAAUCUCACAUCAGCCUGAAGGAGAAUGGUCUAAAGUAGCUCCUUUUCGGAUACUCAGCUUUGAUUUAGAAUGUGCUGGAAGAAAAGGGAUUUUUCCGGAACCAAAUCAUGAUCCUGUUAUUCAGAUUGCCAAUAUGGUUGUUCGUCAAGGAGAGCAUGAGCCCUUCAUUAGGAAUAUUUUUACCUUGAAAUCAUGUGCCCCUAUUUUGGGAUCACAGGUUAUUAGUUUUGAAAAAGAGGAAGAUAUGCUUGAAAAAUGGGCAGAAUUUGUAAGAGAAGUAGAUCCCGAUUUAUUUACUGGAUAUAAUAUCAAUAAUUUUGAUUUUCCUUAUUUAAUUAAUAGAGCUAAUCAUCUGAAAUGUAGAAACUUUGUUUUUCUGGGAAGAAUUAAAAACAUAAAGUCCAUUAUCAAGGAUCAUGUAAUUCAAAGUAAACAGAUGGGCAGAAGGGAAAAUAAAUCCAUUAAUUUUGAGGGUCGAACCUGCUUUGAUCUAUUAUUGGUCCUUUUGCGAGAUUACAAGCUGAGGUCUUAUACCUUGAAUGCUGUUAGUUUCCAUUUCCUUCAAGAACAGAAAGAAGAUGUUCAUCAUAGCAUUAUUACAGAUUUGCAGAACGGUGAUGCUCAAUCUAGAAGAAGGCUGGCUGUUUAUUGUUUGAAAGAUGCCUACUUGCCUAUUAAACUUUUGGAUAAGCUAAUGAGUAUAAUUAAUUAUAUGGAAAUGGCACGUGUUACUGGUGUCUCUCUCACUUCAUUGCUAACUAAAGGACAGCAAAUUAAAGUUAUGUCUCAGCUUUUACGGAAGAGCCUUGAAUCUGGAUAUCUGUUGCCUACUCAUAAGGUAGUGGACGCUCAGGAUCAAUUUGAAGGAGCAACUGUCAUUGAACCUAUUAAAGGUUACUAUCAAGACCCCAUUGCAACCCUUGAUUUUAGCUCUUUGUAUCCAAGUAUAAUGAUGGCUCAUAAUCUAUGUUAUAGCACUCUGAUAAAUCAGUCAGUUAUAAAUAAAUUAGGAUUGACUCCUGAUCAGUAUUCUGCAACUCCAGCCAACUGUUACUUUGUUAAGAGCUCUAUGCGUAAAGGCCUACUUCCUCAAAUUUUAGAAAGCCUUAUAUCAGCCCGUAAAAAGGCUAAAAAAGAAUUGGCAAAUGAGACUGAUCCUUUCAGGAAAAAGGUGCUGGAUGGACGACAGUUGGCAUUGAAAAUUAGUGCAAAUUCUGUUUAUGGUUUUACUGGAGCUCAAGUUGGAAAACUUCCUUGUUUGGAAAUAAGUGGGAGUGUCACUGCUUAUGGUCGAACUAUGAUAGAAAGAACUAAACAGGAAGUAGAACAACACUAUUGCAUCAAAAAUGGAUAUAAGUGUGACUCUUUGGUUAUUUAUGGUGAUACUGAUUCAGUUAUGGUUAAAUUUGGUGUUAAAACACUUCAAGAAGCGAUGGAUUUAGGAAAGGAAGCUGCUGAAAAUAUUUCUGCCAAAUUUAUUGCUCCUAUAAAACUGGAAUUUGAAAAGGUAUAUUGGCCAUAUUUGUUGAUAAAUAAAAAGCGUUAUGCUGGAUUAUAUUAUACAAGGGUUGAUAAAUAUGAUAAAAUGGAUUGUAAAGGUUUGGAAACUGUUCGACGAGAUAAUUGUCCUCUUGUAGCUAACAUGAUGAACACUUGUCUUCAGAAAAUGUUAAUUGAUAAAGAUCCUGAAGGUGCAAUCAGUUAUGCUAAGCAACAAAUCAGUGAUUUACUUUGUAACCGCUUAGAUAUAUCUCAGUUAGUUAUUACCAAAGAACUUGCCAAAACUGAUUAUGCUGGUAAACAAGCUCAUGUUGAACUUGCUAAUAAAAUGAAGAAAAGAGAUGCUGGUUCUGCCCCUAAGCUUGGUGAUAGGGUACCAUAUGUUAUUAUUUCCGGUGCAAAAGCAACUCCUGCAUAUAUGAAAGCAGAAGACCCUAUAUAUGUUCUGGAAAAUAACAUUCCGAUAGAUACCAAAUAUUAUUUAGAGAACCAAUUAUCAAAACCAUUAACUAGGAUAUUUUCUCCACUUCUUGGAGAUAAAGCAGAUUCUACUCUUCUUCAUGGUGAGCAUACAAGAACUAAAUCUAUUAUAACUUCAAAAGUAGGGGCCCUUGCUGCAUUCACUAAGAAAAAAGAAGUAUGCCUUGGUUGCAAAACUGUAUUGCCAGAGUCGGAACAGAAAAAUCCACUAUGUCAUCAUUGCACUCCAAAAUACUCUACAAUCUUGAUUUCUGAAUUCAACAAAUAUAGGGAUUUAGAAGAAAAGUUCAACAGGUUAUGGACACAGUGUCAAAGGUGUCAAGGAAGCUUACAUGAGGAAGUAAUUUGUACAAGCCGGGACUGUCCCAUUUUUUAUAUGAGGAAGAAAGUGCAGAUGGAUCUAAACACUCAGGAUAAUACUGUACUUAGGUUUGGUUGUCCUACAUGGUAAGAAAAGUUCCUCUGUUUCACACGACAGUCUUCUAUUCAACAAGUGUUUAUUGAAUUUGUAUAUAUAUUUUUUUUUAUAAAUCAAUACAAUGAGAAGCAUUUUAAAUAUAUAAAAAUAAAUAGUUUGUACAUAAAAUAAAAUUAAAAAAUAGCUUAUUAUUUACAUUAUGUUUGCAAUACAACAGCUGAAUGAAGUGGAC